AUGGAAGUAUUACCUCUAAUAGCAGCUGGCAUCGCGACGAUGGCGGUCGUCGUUUCACCUGUAAAAAUUCCAACGGCCUGCCCGCCAACCGAUCCCGUGGAUGCCGUUCACAUCGCCCACGAGUCCGACUGCUCGAAAUUUUACAAAUGCUUCAUGGGCGACAAAUACGAAAAAAACUGCCCGGUGAACAGUGCUGGCUACAGGCUGUACUUCAACCGGGAGUUACAAGUUUGCGACUGGCGAUGGAACGUAACGUGUCGGAACGAACUGGACCCGGAAUGCGCGGCGGUCGACGACGGAUGCGUCUGGCCUUACCCGCACAAUUGCAAAUCGUACUAUUUCUGCGACGAUGGCAAGAAACGCGCGAGGGACUGCAAGGACGGGCUGUUGUUCGAUCCUGUACGGUUGUCGUGCAGGCCCGCGAACGACGUGAUCUGCGCGAAACUUACGGAUCAAUGCCCGCCGGCGGAUUCCGACGAGAUCGUGCUUCUGCCGCACGAGAACAACUGCUCCUAUUAUUACGCGUGCACCGACGGUAAAAAAGUGUUGAAACGUUGCUCGUCAGAUCAGCUGUUCGACAGCAAACGCAGAAGAUGCGUGCCGGCCGACGAGGCGUCGUGCAACACCGAUCCGGGCUCGACCCCAACGCCGGAAGCGAAAUGUCCACCGACCGGCGCCGCGCAGCUUCCCCACGAGACCAGGUGCGAUCUGUUUUACAGUUGCGCGAACGGCGCGAAACAGCUCCGCGAAUGUAAAUACGGCCUUUAUUUCGACGCCGUGAAAGGCAUGUGCACUUGGUGGGAGAACGUCGAUUGCGGUUCGCGAUCCACGACGCCGAUAUCGUCGACGAUGGACCCCAAAACGGAGACCACGGAUCGUUCGCCUGUAACCGAAUGCCCGUUCAAGGAUUCCGACGAACCUGUACUAUUGCCGCACGAAUGCCUCUGCGAGGUAUAUUACCUUUGCAGAAACGGGGAACAGAUUCGUCGGACUUGCCCGAGCGGCGAGGUGUUCGACCAUGUAAAUCAAGUUUGCCGCGAUUCGAGGGAGAUCCGUUGCGUGAGACCCAACCAGUGUCCGGAGCACGGGAAAGUAAAGAUUCCCGAUGAGAACGAUUGCAACCGAUAUUACCAAUGCAUGAACGGUGAAAAGACACCGAAGAAGUGUUUGGAUGGUCAUUAUUUCAACGAAUUCUUGCAAACGUGCGAUAGGAAAAGCAACACGAACUGUUACGUCUGA